AUGUUUUCCACCCAGAUUCAUUCGAUUCUCAAAGCGGAUCCGCACGCUCGGCGAACCUUCAUUGGUGUGUUCAGUGCCAAUGAAAUUGGCCGGAUUCGUUCGCGAAAAAAGAAAUAUGGACUAAUUGUAAACACGGAUACAAGUGAUCUGCCUGGCCGUCAUUGGCAAAGCAUUUUCGUUGAUCACAACCGCACAUGUCAUUUCUUCUGCUCUCUUGGAGAGAAGCCCAACCACUUUAUUGAAAACUUUAUCAACAAGUUUCCUCGUGUCAAAAUGAAUAAACAAAAACCUCAGAAACCCGAUGCAAUCACUUGUGGUGGAUACUGUAUCUUUGUUCAAUCAAUGAUGGCUCGCGGAUACACAUUUGAAACUAUUUGUAAUGUUUUCAAUCAGAUUACACACGACGAUCAAUUCAUUGUAAACUAUUUGGAUACGAGCCACGGAUUCUCCGCCCUAAAACAGGCUCCUCCCACAUUUUCUCACAGUAUAAAAACAGGCGCCGGAGCUCUGUUAAAAUCAUCAGCUCACCAAUUGAGCCAUCGCUCCACCCCUUUCCCCUCCAAUCGACCGAUACUUUUCCUCUUCAAUCGAUCCCUUGCAAUGUCUUUCGAAACAUUCUGCAGGGAAUGCUAUAUUCAUUUCCCUGAUCCUUCCUUUAAAGGACAACAUAUUUUGUUGCACCACAAGGGAAUUCCUCCACCGCCGCCUGCCAUCCCUGAGACGAUGUUUUUUCUUAUGCACUCAACCAACCCGGCCGUAAAGGCAAGGACGUGCCCAUUUUGCUUUCUUCACUUUGACAGUCAAUCGAGAUGUGCCGGGCAUAUCAAAAGCAAGCACCCAUUACCACCUGUCACCUUGGCUACUCAUCCGACUACAGCGGCUGUUUUGCAACAAUGGGAGCUCUUUGCUGAAGCCGUAUACCCUGGUUACUUACGGGUUAUGCAUAACACCUCCUGCAUGCAGCCACAACAGCCACAACAGCCUGGACAACAGCCUCGACAACAGCCGUCAAGGAUGUCUUGGACUCCCACACCGACCGAGGAUUCCGAGGACACCGAAUUUGAAUUGUUGGACUUUCAAUCAGCCAGCCGUAAAUAA